UACAAGUUGGUGACAAAAAGUGAUCGAAAGGCGUCAUUAUUAAUGUGGAUUAUUAUUUUGAAGUGAUUAAGUAGAUGCUUUUGUCGAAAUGGAUCAGUCUUACACUAACAACAAUUUUCAAAGUUGUGAUACCACCACAUCAUCGUCCAGUUGUUUAUCGACACCCUUUUCUGUCAAGGACAUUCUAAACAUUAACAACGGAGAUUAUCAAUCGAAUAAUGUUUAUAGUGAAAAGUCCGAGUUUGUGAAAGUUGAGUACAGUGAACAUUACGAUUUCCCACAUUUUCAUUAUCAACAGCACCAGUGGGACAAUAAUUACGGUAAUCAGUGCUUCGAUAAUUAUAACAAUUAUAGUAACUAUUACAACAAUUUGGAUAGAGCUGAUGCAGCGUAUUUUUAUAAAAAUUAUAAUAAUUGUGACGCAUCGUCGUUUUCUACGACGUCUUCGCACAUGCAGCAGCUGAGUGACAUUUGUGGUCCUUUUCCUGAUAAGAACGAAGAAGAAGGAGUGUGUACAGGUGUUGAAAGUCCUAAACACCAACAAGUAACGAGUUCAAAAACCGAACUGAGAAAAUCUGGCAGCAAAAGGGCAAAAAGGAAGCCAAGGGUCCUUUUCAGUCAGGCUCAAGUUUACGAAUUAGAACGCAGAUUCAAGCAACAAAAAUAUCUGACCGCUCCUGAAAGAGAAGAAAUGGCCCAAGGACUUCAGCUCACAUCGACGCAAGUAAAAAUUUGGUUCCAAAAUCGAAGGUACAAAAGCAAGAGACAAACGCUGGAAAAUAACGAAAAGGACAAGAAAAUUCCACCAAACGCUUCAGUCAUCACAGCUAACAUCGGAUUCUGUGGGGUUGGAUCACAAUACAGACCGCAUUCAUCCUAUGCGACCAAUUUUACUAAUAUUAAUAACAACAAUAAUAACAAUGACAAUUUAAGUCAUGGAAACUGUGGAACUGUGGACAGAAGUGACGUAGCUAGCUUGGUAAAAUUCAAUGACUUCGCAUUUUGAUCAGAAAAGGAAAACAGUUGCUAAUAGUAAUUAUCAGGGAGCAACUUUUGUACUUUCCAUCUAAUAUAACAAAUAAAAUAACAAUCACCGGUUUCAUAUCACAUCUUAUACUCGAUUUAUUAUAGAAAACGUUUAU